AUGGCGCCCCAAACCGUGAAAAGGAAAAUCAUCUCCACCAAACACGCCCCAACUCCCAUUGGACCUUACAGCCAGGCAGUUUUGGUAGAUCGAACUCUGUACUUCUCAGGUCAAAUGGGACUCAAUCCCAAGACCAUGGAACUGGUUUCAGGUGGGAUCGAGGCCGAAACUCAUCAAACCUUGGAGAACAUCCGUCAAGUCCUCAAAGCCGCCAAUUGCGACUUCAAGGACGUGGUUAAGAUCACUAUUCUACUCCAGGACAUGGCCCACUUCACCAUUGUCAACGAGAUCUACGCUCAAUGCUUCAAGGAGCACCAACCCGCCAGAGCCGCGUAUCAGGUUGCCGCACUACCCACUGGGGGUUUGAUCAAGAUCGACGGGGUGGCCGUUGUUAAUUCACUCAUGGCAGGAAGCGUCCACCAGUACUAGUUCGUUUUGUCCUUUGCAAUAAAGUUCGAGAGCCAAACGUUA